CUGGGCUCUGCCUCACGUCGUCAGUGCUACGCGGCUACUCACCCAUCCAACAAACCAUGCGCGCUGUCAUCGCUCUGAUCGCUGGGCUCCUUACAUCCGCUUUGGGCUUCGCGCGAGACGCUGUGUACGUUGAGAUAAUUGCUGUCAAAGCUGGCUGCAAUGAUUUGGCCAUCUUUUUGCGGCCCAUCGCGCGCGACCGAGGCCCAGCGCGCCGAGGCGUUCAUCGAGAACGCUGAGUCGACCGACGACGCGAAAGUCGACUUGGGAAAUAUGAGCUGUCACCCGCGCCACCCCGCGCAGGCCCCCGGCGCGACAGCUCGCACGAACGACCCCAGUCAAGAUGGUCGAGGGCAUCAGCGAGCUGCCGACGGUGCUCACGUCGUUCGACACGCUGGCCGAGGCCCAGGAGCUCCUCGACGAGUCUGGCCCGUUCGCGCAGCUCUUCGUGUGGCCGCCGUUUUACGUCAUCUCGGUCCUCGGCAUCAUCGUCGGCAUGCCGGUCGCGACGAAGCUACGGCUAGACUCGCUCGGCGACGCGCCGACGUACCGCAAUGGCCGCUACUAGACGGUGCGUCCGUCCAGAGGUCCCCGCGGCGCCCCGAAGGGCGUCGUUCGACAGUGUAAGGAAGUGUAGUAGUCUCCGAG